UGCAUGCAUGUAGAUUUUUCUGGUGUAAUAUUGUUAAUGCUGAUUUUGUGUUUGGGCUUGUUUUUCUUGUUUUUGUGCUUUGAAUCAAGCUUGUUUAUAAUUGCUUCAAAAAAGAUAAAUUGGAAAAGGUCACUCUGUUAUCAGUUCUAGCAUAUUUGGUUUCUUUUUGUCAUCCUUUCCAAGAAUCACAUGGAGAAUGUUUAGAGAGUUCUACACCGGUUGGUGUGGGAUUAGUACUAGCUUUAGCACUGUCUCAAUGUUUAGAUACCUUGUACUCUCUACUUAUUUAUUGCAAAUUUUAAGUAGUUCGGAUGGUCAAGGGAGGACUUGCAAUGGUCUAAGCUCAUUUCGUAAUGGGCUCAUGGGUUGUUGAAGAUACGAGGUUUUGUAGAGAUGCUUGGGUUGGGUUAUUACAAAUUGAUGUCUCAUGGUGACUGGUCUUUAUUGCAUUUCUUGUUUGGUUGCUGAGAAAUUGAAUGAAAAGAAAAGGCUUGUUUAGUGACUUUAUCGAAAAUCAAAAUAUUUGUGUAGGUUUUUAAAGAGUAUUGGAUCAUUUGAAAGAGUUUCUUGAUGUGACAUGAAUUCGCUUUUCGAUACUGAGUCUUCUCUCUUACUAAAUUUUUAGAUGCUUCUUUUUAGCAGCCUCCUAUGAUGGGUGGUGACAUCUUUUACUUUCUGCAGAUUAAGAGUCUUCUAGGGACUAAGGUUGAGUGGCUCUACUAUAUUCUUCAGGCAUUCAACUCUGGUGAUUUAGUUCGUUAUCAGGAACUAUGUCAUGUGCACAAUGCUGCUCUGAGGGCUCAACCAGCAUUAGUUGAGAAUGAGAAAAAGCUGGUGAAAAAGAUAAAUAUUCUCUGCUUGAUGGAAAUUAUUUUCAGCCGGUCAUCUGAUGAUCGAACUAUACCUUUGAGUAUCAUUGUAGAGCGCACAAAACUUUUUAUCGAGGAGGUGGAGCGUCUUCUUAUGAAGAGCCUUUCUGUUCAUCUGAUCGAGGGCCUAAUUGAUCAAGUUGAGGGAACAAUGCAUGUAUCCUGGAUGCAGCCAAGAGUAUUGGGGAUUCCACAGAUCACAUCCUUGCGCGAUCGUCUAGACAAUUGUAACAAUUCAUUAACAGAGAAGGGAAAAAAAUUGGAAAGGCGACCCAAAAAAAAAUAAAAAUAAAAAUAAAAAGAGACUCGUCUUUUAAGUCGCAUGGGCAGUAUGGCCAGCUGUAUGCUUCCUUUCUUAUUGCCUAUUUUUGUUGAAUCCUCUUCCUGAAAGGAGCAGCCUUUUGUGCUUCAUGAAGUCAUCGGUUCCAUAGUGGCAUCCCUAGAGACAAAUGAAAAACGGUUGUUUUACGCUUUUGAGUGGUUUAUUAGACUAUGUAUUUGAAAUUUUUCUUACACAAUCAGAUGUGAUUCUCUUAUUGUUGUUAGAGUGCAUUUCCUUUCGUGAUUAUCA